AUGUUUCCGGAUAAACAUGUUUUAUUUCAGAAUAUUCUCUACACACUCGACUCUUAUUAUUGUUAUCGCCUAACAAUUCUUUUCGGUAAUUGGCUAUAUCCUUUUUACGAUUUAUUGCCAAAUUGGAUGUUACGGCUUUCUUUUUUUCUUACAUAUUCUACAAUUUUAGCGGAUUUUUUGGCGACUUUUUUAAUUCUUGCAAAUCGUUGGACUGCAAUUACUAUGGCUAUGAAUUAUAAAUGGGUAACUAAAAUAUUUACAGAAAAUCUCGAAAAAUCUAUAUCUCAAUACCAAAAUUUUUCUCAGAAAUUUCUCGAUCUGGUUUCUAGAUUGACAAAAUAUAAAUCUUCGGUUAAUAUAGUUUAG